GUGAUAAACUUUUACAAGUCAUGCAGAAUUGUUACAAUAACCAUUUUCUCAUUUAAGAAAUGAUCGGAGGCAUUGAAGGGCGUUUUUUUGAGGGGGGAGCACCAAAGUAUUCUCUGUCUGAUCUGGACAAAGGUCAUUUCAAGACUAUAGGAGAAAUAAUGGCGGUCAGCUUGGCCCAGGGUGGCCCAGCCCCAAACUUCCUUGCACAUUGGUGCUAUAAGGUCCUGUGUAGUGGCUCUCUAGAGUUUGCACACCUAGAAAAAAAUGAUCUGGGAAAUGGGCACUAUCGUGAUCUUACAGCACAGGUUGAAUCAGCUACAGAAAGCUCAAUUACAGAGCUCACAGAAGACAUUUUGAGCUGUGGGUAUCUCGGCGUAGUCAGCUUAGAGAAGAAGGAUGAAAUUAUCCGAGCUAUUAUCCUACAUGCCACUCUUAAGUUGAUCCCUAUGCUGCAAGAGAUCAGGAAGGGUUUGCAGCUUUAUGGCCUUGGUGGUCUUAUGGAAAAACACCCAGAAAUUUGUCAGCCUCUGUUUGUUCCUGGGACAGAAACGGCAGUUGUGGAUGCAGAUUUCGUCAUUUCCAUUUGCCAGGCAGAGUUCAGUGAAAAGGGCUCAUACAGAGAACAGGUCGAGGUUGCCAUGAUGAACCAUCUGCAAGACCUUCUUCAGGAACAGGAGCAAAAUGACAGUACUUCUGGUGUGGGUACUCUCCCCAUGACUCCAAAGACCUUCCUUCAGUGGGUGACAGGACAGGGACACAUUCCUAUUCUGUCUCAAGAGAAGGCACAUUUCAAAAUCACAGUGCAAUUCAACCAUAACUGUGAUGCAGAAUAUAAUGAGCAUAGGAUAUGUUAUCCAACUGUGGCAGCAUGCAGCAAUACAAUUAUGCUACCUGUUAAACACAUGUCAAAGUAUGAAGACUUCAAAACUGUGUUGAUGGAGGGUUUCUUUCUUGGCCAGGAAUUUCUGAAGGUUUAGCUGCACAAGAUUUUCAGUUUAACAUGGAAAUGUAUUAAGUUUAGAAACGAUGGACACAAUUUCUUU